AUGGCCUCGAUACCAAACCCGAUUAAUGUACCUCAGACACCACCGCAACGCUCGUCGCUGAAUCUGACAAGACUGCAGACUCCCCCUCCUGCACAAAAGCAGUGCACUACCACAACUUGGGUAAAAGACGAAACUACACCAAGAACCGUCACUAUUCCCUGUCCAACAACUCCAGCACAAGCGUCAACAGUUCCAGCACAAACAACAGAAAUUCCAGCACAGGCUUCAUCCACGUUAAACACAAGCGCCGUUCCGAAACGAACAGCCAAUGGACUGAAUGGAGGUGCAGUCGCAGGGGUAGCCAUCGGAAUGUUUUUCGCUGGACUACUUAUCGCAGGAGCCGUUUUCUUCCUUCUACUUCGUCGACAGAAAAGAAGGCAACACGGCAAUGCCGCCAGUCACUCCAGAGCCCUCGUGCGAAGCAAAAGCGCAAAAUCAUCACCACAUAAAGGGCCAGCGGUUCUGACAAGCGCCAUUUUCACCAACAUUGACGAUAUGAUACCUCAGCCUGUAUCUGACGAUACAAUAACUGAUAUGGCCUUGAAGAUUCGCGACAACAUCAAGAAUCACGCUCGGAGCUACUACCAUGCGUUGGCAGUUCCUACUGCCCGUAUUAACGAAGAUGGCUUAAGCGAGCUGUCAGUGGCAACGGGCGUGAGCACUGCUGUACUUGCGGAUAGACUGUCGGAUCCCUCAACGCGACCUGAUACGCUUCGUCUUGUUAUUGCAUGGGUCUUGUUGUCGCGAUGUACAGGAGGGCGCAAGACCAGCUUGCUCCCUGAAAAACUAGCAAUGCUUGAAGCAUCGAUACCAGGAAAGGAUGGCACCAAACCCAGUAAGUACCUUCAUACCUCUGUGUCUAGGAAGAUACUGACUUGGAGUUCAGCCCAGUCAGCCAUGCAUAGCAAGUGGAAGGCCAUGACGGGAGCUCUGUUGAAGGAGCACAUGGGCCAAGGAGAUCAAGUCCCUGGACUCAAAGACGCGUUUGAUAGCGCCUCCGCAGAGCUGGAUUCCAUUGUUGAACCCUUUCUCAAAGGCGACUCGGAUGCCCAACGUUGCAAGAACCUGCAUAUGAUUCUUACACGAUCAGCGCAAUUUGCCUUCUUGUUGUUUUCGCAGCCCGGCGUGUUCAACUUUGAUUUUGGGGUUUCGGGCGGGACUUUGGUGGCGUUCCCCGCUCUUGUGCAAUCCAUCGGGGACGAAGGGCAGUCGCUAACGCCCGUUCGCGUAUUGUUGGGCAAGGAGCUGGCGGCAUGA